GUGGGAGGAGGAGGAUGAGGAGGAAGGAGGGGGGAGCAUCAGGGUGUGGCACUAUCCCCAGCCUCCCCCCGCCCCGGCACCUCCGCCUUGCUGGCUCCUGCCAGGGCAGGGCUGUGUCUGUCUGCCGGGGAACUGCAGCAAAACUGGAGAGGUCUAAUUUUAGUUGGGGUUUUAUUCUCUCUUCCGAGAAGGAGCAAGUGAAGGUGAAGCUACAACUUACGUAAUUUUUGAAUUAAACAGGAAUAACCAACCAUGACUACAGAAUCGGGAUCGGACUCCGAGUCCAAGGACAAAGAGCAGGAUCAGCAGGAGAACCCUGCACAGCAAGGGGCGGCAGAGACACAGCCACAGGACCAGCAGCAGCAGCAGCUGAGCGAGGAGCAUCAAAACGAGCUCGAGCAGUUCUCAGCCGUGGCAGCUCACAGCACACCUGUGAAAAAGGAGCAGGCCACAGAAAAAGAACAAGAGUUUGCUGCUGCGAGUGCAAAACAACUGGAAUACCAACAGCUAGAGGACGACAAGCUCUCUCAAAAAUCAUCGUCUAGCAAACUUUCCAAAUCUCCUCUAAAGAUCGUCAAGAAACCGAAAAAUAUGCAGUGCAAAGUGACACUCUUGGAUGGAUCGGAAUAUGCAUGUGAAGUAGAGAAACGUUCCAGAGGUCAAGUGCUGUUUGACAAGGUGUGUGAGCAUCUGAACCUUUUGGAAAAAGACUACUUUGGGCUAACAUACAGAGACACAGAAAACCAAAAGAACUGGUUGGACCCCGCCAAGGAAAUCAAGAAGCAGAUCCGAAGUGGUGCUUGGCAGUUUGCAUUUAAUGUGAAAUUCUACCCUCCAGACCCUGCCCAGCUGUCUGAAGAUAUUACCAGGUACUACCUGUGCUUGCAGCUGAGAGAUGACAUCGUGUCGGGUCGGCUGCCUUGCUCGUUCGUCACAUUGGCCCUGUUGGGCUCCUACACCGUGCAGUCAGAGCUUGGUGACUACGAUCCCGAUGAGUAUGGCAGUGACUAUGUCAGCGAGUUCCGCUUUGCGCCGAAUCACACGAAAGAGCUGGAGGAUAAAGUGAUCGAGCUGCACAAGAGCCACAGGGGAAUGACACCUGCAGAGGCUGAGAUGCAUUUCCUGGAGAAUGCCAAAAAACUCUCUAUGUAUGGAGUAGAUCUCCAUCAUGCCAAGGAUUCUGAAGGAGUAGAAAUCAUGCUAGGAGUUUGUGCAAGUGGUCUCUUAAUAUAUCGAGACAGACUCAGAAUAAAUAGAUUUGCCUGGCCAAAGGUUCUGAAAAUUUCCUACAAGAGGAACAACUUCUACAUCAAAAUCCGACCAGGAGAGUUUGAGCAGUUUGAAAGCACCAUUGGGUUUAAGUUGCCAAAUCAUCGUGCUGCAAAGCGCUUAUGGAAAGUGUGUGUUGAGCACCAUACAUUUUUCAGGCUCCUCCUGCCAGAAGCACCUCCAAAGAAGUUCCUCACACUGGGCUCCAAGUUUCGCUACAGCGGCCGGACGCAGGCACAGACAAGAAGAGCAAGCGCCCUCAUAGACCGUCCCGCACCUUACUUCGAGCGGUCUUCUAGUAAACGUUAUACUAUGUCUCGCAGCUUAGAUGGGGAGGUUGGUACUGGCCAGUACGCCACAACAAAGGGCAUCUCUCAGACCAACUUGAUAACCACUGUGACUCCAGAGAAAAAGGCAGAAGAAGAGAAAGAUGAUGAAGAGGGCAAAAAGAAAAGAGCAGAGGAAGUCACCCCCGUCUCGGCAAUACGCCAUGACACCAAGCCAUCUUUGCUUGGCACUGACUCCUGCCACCCCUCGCCCUCCUCCUUGCAGCCUGGCCCCCAUGCAUCUUCAGCAAAGCUUCGCAGGAGAUGCAAGGAGAGUGCUCGAUCAAAGUCCUUAGGUUGUGAGGCACCCAAAGAGAGUGCUUCAAAGCAUGGCGAGCCGGAGCCGGACUCUGACAGAAAGGGCCGAGUUUGCUCCGCCGAGCAAGACAUGCCUUUCGGCUAUAAGCAAAAAGCCGGCAAAGGUGGAACGUUGUUUUCCUUCUCCUUGCAACUUCCAGAGUCAUUUCCUUCCCUCCUGGAUGACGAUGGCUACCUGUCGCUCCCUAACCUCUCUGAAACCAACCUCCUGCCUGCCAGUGUGCAGCACUACCUCCCCAUCCGCUCCCCCUCCCUGGUGCCCUGCUUCCUCUUCAUUUUUUUCUUUCUGCUCUCUGCCUCUUUCUCAGUGCCAUACGCCCUCACUCUCUCCUUUCCUCUGGCUAUGUGCCUCUGCUACCUGGAGCCCAAGGCGGCCUCCUUGAGUGCCUCACUUGCCAAUGACCUGAGUGACAGUUCAGAGGAAGAGACUGACAGUGAGCAGACGGAUACCGCAGCCGAUGGUGAGACCACUGCCACCGAGUCGGAUCAAGAGGAAGAUGGAGAUCUAAAGGCACAGAAUAGUCUGAUUAAGCGAAUACAGGGUGAAAAUGUGUAUGUCAAACAUAGUAAUCUUAUGUUAGAGGACCUAGACAAAACCCAGGAAGAUCUGAUGAAACAUCAGACCAAUAUAAGCGAGCUGAAACGCACCUUCUUGGAAACCUCUACAGAAACAGCUGUGUCUAAUGAGUGGGAGAAGAGGCUUUCCACAUCUCCCGUUCGGCUUGCAGCAAGGCAGGAGGAAGCUCCUAUGAUUGAACCACUAGUGCCUGAAGAGACCAAAGAAGAAACAGAAAAAUCAGAAAAACUCAUAUUUUUGCAGAAGGGAGGUACUACAUUCCUUGAAAUGCAGCCAAGUGUGAUAGAGAAGAAGCUGCAGGAAGGAGAAUCUGCUGGCACUUUGGUUACUUCUCAUCAAAUCAUUAUCCAGAAAAGUAUCCCAUCAUCCCUAGAGACUAAACAGUCCACCGGUGAAAAAACCUUGGAUGGUUCAGAUAUCUUCAGUUUAAUAGAGUCUGCCAGAAAACCAACUGAGUUCAUAGGAGGGGUUACUUCUACUUCACAGAGCUGGGCUCAGAAAAUAGAUACAAUGACAUCUCAGGAGAUAACUUCCAGUGAAAUGAAGCAAGCAGCUCACCUGCCCCAGGAUGUGGUGAAGAAGGUUGUACAGGAGACUGUGGUUAUCGAGGAGAGACAUGGGCCAAGCGUGCAGGCGAGCGGGGAUCCUGCUAAAGCAGCCGGACUUGCACUGGAUACAGUGACUGCUGUUGUGAAAGGGAAGGAUGGCUCUGCUGAGACUGAGGGAGCAAAGGAGGAUAAAAGGGAAGAGGCUCAGAAAGCCCUGACCAAACAAGGAGUUGUCACUGAUGCUGCUUCAUGUGAGCAAGUGGAGGAGCACAGUAUGACAGUCCACCUUCCAGGGUCUUUGGAAAGAAAAUCUCAUUUUGAGUCACCACUUGUGAAGACUGAAACUAUCAGUUUCAGUACUGUUUCUGCUGAUGGGGAAAACCUUGAAAUUUCCACAAAGGAAGUGCCAGUAGUACAUACAGAAACAAAAACCAUCACAUAUGAGUCUUCUCAGGUGGAUUGUGGUGCUGACUCAGAACCAGGUGUAUUGAUGAGUGCACAGACUAUCACAUCUGAAACUACCAGCACUACAACCACCACACACAUCACCAAAACUGUGAAAGGAGGCAUCUCAGAGACAAGAAUUGAAAAACGAAUAGUCAUCACAGGAGAUGCAGAUAUUGAUCAUGAUCAGGCGCUGGCUCAGGCAAUUAAAGAAGCCAAAGAGCAGCACCCUGACAUGUCAGUGACCAAAGUAGUGGUACAUAAAGAGACAGAAAUCACACCAGAAGAUGGAGAGGAUUGACCACAGGAAUGACCUAGUUUGCAUAUGAAUCUGGACAUGCACACCAGUAGGAAUACGAGAGCCCAUACGGAGUCUCAGUUCCAACCUGACUGGCUUGUAUCUGUCUAUGGAAAAUUUCAGUACAGAAGAAUUGAUCUUGACUGUUAAUAAAGAAACUGGCAGAGAUACCUUCCCAUAGAAAGCAAUCUGAAUCAGCAGCAGUUAAACAAUAUUGCAUGAAGCAACGAUAAAAUUACAGAGAAGCAGCAUUUUUAAUUUUCUUAAAAUGUCUAAGUUUUCAGCUAUACCUGCACGUUCAUAAACAGUAUCAACAGUGAUCUCAUGUAACACAUAAACAGUUCAUGCCUUUCACAGUUUAUGAAAGUCUAAACAAAUUAAAAUUUGUUAGGUGGCAAGCCUUUUGUUUACGGAUAUUGUAAAUGAAGAUUACCCCCAAAAUGCUAGAAGCUGUAUAGGUACUGUGUAUAAUGUUUUACCACACAUUAGAUGUGCCAAUAACACAGUUUAUUCAGUAAACAACUUGAAUCUUAUAUUUGUUUGAUCUGGUUUUAUUACUGCCCGAUAAACGAUGAUGAAUCUUUACUCUUAUCAAAAUAUUUAAAUGCUUACGAAGUGUGCUUUGUAUACCUGACUGAAUACCUUAUGAGGUAGUAAUUAUUUUAGUAUACUAACUUUAAAGAUUUUUGUCAGCAUUGUUCAGAGUCAGCUUCCAGUCACCCUUCACAGAUCCUAACCUUGUAAAUUAUAUGUAGUUAUUUUGGAGAAAAAAAAAAUCUGUAUUUUACUUAGUUUUCAGCAUUAGAAAAUUAUUAAUCUGAAAUAACCGUGAUGGUUUUCUAUUGAUUUCCCUUUUGUUCUCAAAAGAAAAAAAAAAAAGAGAAAAAAAAUCUGUUUGAGAAUCUGGUCAGCAUUUACUAUCUAGUUCAGAGUCAAGCCUUAACCUGUACAGAACAUCCACUGAAAAGUCGUUAGUGUCCAGCUAUAAUACCCACUGAAGGGAUAGCGUCCAUUACACUGUCAGCUGCAUCACAACACAUGGUGAAUGUAUGUUUCUGCAUAGUGAAAUAAAAGUGGUAAAUGCAUCCAAAAUUGUAUCGUUCUGUGUCUAAAAGCACCUAGUGUUUUUUAAUAAUCAAAACAUUAAGUUAACAUUUGUAAGACAUCACAGGUUUUACUCAUCUGCAGAGUAGACACAUUUUGUCUUCAGCAGCUAAGCUUGCACUGUACAGACAGUUGGAGUUAGCAGAGAAUCCAAAGGGAUGACAACAGUGUUCACCUUUGGGCAAAUGAUGUUGUCAAAGGAAAAGGAGUAUUUGGUUCCUUCUGCUUUCUCUGGCUGUGUACCAUUUCACCGAAGCUACAUGAAGGAUUUAAUGGUUGCUUAUAAAGUAAAGGCCAGUAGUGCUUGAUCCAGAUCCACUCUCUGCUCUGAAACAUGGAAAAAAUUCUCUUUGAAGCAGGACUUAUCAGUUCCUUUUUUUUUGCUAUUUUGCCACAUCUCAUUGACACUCCCCUGAUAGUUCAAGAGAAAUUCCUAACAAUUAAUUCACUGUUCAAUAUGUAUUUCCUUGCAGGAUUGAAAGAAAUGAGUACAAGCAGACUUUUCAGGACAUAAAGGGCCAAAUUUGCCCUUCAUUGUUUACACAGGGCUCCCUCACAUUGAAGUCAAUGGAUUUGGCUUCAGUGGAGAGCAGGAUUUGACCCGGUGACUUGUUAAUAAAUGUUUAUUUUCUUAAUUUAGAAAGAAAAAUAGUAUAUAUAGAGAGAAUAACCUGUAGAUAAUAAUUCAAAGUAAUAUCCCAAGGCUUUUAAAGCUUUGCCCUUACUCUCCAAAAUGUCCUCCUUCCACCACACAUUCUUCAUGCCUUUAAUCCAGAGUGUUAACUAUGUAACUCCCCUUACCACCGUCCUUGCUUACCCCUCACCUCAUGGCCAAUGCAAAGAUUACAGGCUGUUGUGAUCUUUGAUGGACCUCUCUUCCUCCUCCUGGUCCAAGAGCAUCUCUGUUCUCUGCCCUCUCAGUGACAGUAGGCUCAGCUCCCUGGUGCUGCCAACACCUGGCAGUAUCCAGGGAUGGAGGAGGUACUCGCUCUGUGUCUCAGCAAAUGUCAUGCCAGGUCCUCACUACUGCAUCAAGAGUUUAAAAAUAGACUCUGAAGCCAUAUUGAUCUUCCUUCAGGUGCCCCUCAUGUUGUCAGCUAAGAAACAGCAUUGUAUUACCUCAGAGAGAUGCGAGGCGACUGCACAGCCUUCUCUCCAGAGUUAGUGUUAUGUUUUAGCAUGGCUUGAGGAGAUUGUACUAUGGUGAUACUGCACAGUAUGUACGCUGCCUAAAGAUAUUGUAUCGUAAGAAGUUAGUCUCCUUAGAACGCUCACCGCUAAGAUACAGCCUAAGCGUGUGCAAACUAUGAGGAGAUGAGAGUGGACAGGCAAGGACACCUUGGUGCCACUGUUGGCAGUAGACCCUUGUCUAGGGGAUGGUUCCUGGAACUUUGGAGCUUUGGUUUUUGUCAGAAACUGUUUCUUGGGUUGUCUGCCUAAUGCUGUGCCACAUGAAAUAAAGAACACCUGCCUGUUUCUACCAACCA